CUCAAAGUCGAAUACAUCAGUCUGUACUUGAUAGACUCGUUACAAUCAUAAUAUGGCGUUAGUGAUUUCUGGUCUCUCUGGUAAAUUCCUUUAGGCUUAACAAGCUGGUAGCCGUAGGUCGUUUUUGAGUUGACUUUUAAUUAGUCAGCAAUAUUCUAUUUUAAGUAUUGGGUUACAGAGAUUGUUGAGUUUCAUUAAAGUCGUGAACCAAUCACUGUUAGAUCACCAUUAAAAACCUGGAAGCACUGGGAUCUAACAACAAUGGGAGACAGUCGCUCAAUAUGGAUGCCGGCUCAGUAGUCUAGAGGUUAAGCGUUUGCGCACGAGACCGAAGGUAUUGAGUUCAAUUGCUGCGUGAGGAGUCGCAGAUGCGUACUGCUGAGGUGUCCUAUACUGGGACGAAACGGCCGUCUAGUGCUCCCAGGUUUUUAAUGGUUUUCUAACAUUGAUCGGCUCAUGAUUUCAGUGAAUAUUUAAUUUUGUUUUGCGCUCUAUAGAUCGAACAGUUCGAUUUGGUUUUAUCUUAUUGAACUAUCAAAAUUUAUUUCCUUAAAGUGUUAAACGAUGUAUCUGGUAUGUUCCUGUUUUAUAGUCAGUCGUUUUUACAGUAAUAAUGGGACACUUAGUUUUUAGAUGUAUCAUACUAUUUUCUGAGAGUAAAACUUUCAUUUUAUUUUGACUCCAUUGAAUGUCUGUGUACUAAUUACUUUAGGACUGAAGCUAUCGGCGACACGAAUAAAAACCUUAUUCUUCCACGGUAAGUUUCUAUGUAUCGUUAUAUUUACCUUCCUCUUAGUUUACCAUUGCGGAAAAAAGCCAUAUCCAAAAAGAAACGUGUUGGUGUUAAUAAAAAAUGUGACUUUCUCGGACCAUGCUCUAAUAUACCUCCGACAGAAGAUCCUCCCCAACAAUACUCUCCUUUAAAAACAUCGUCUAAAACGUCGUUUACUGUUGAUAGCUUGCCUGGCGUUUUCGCUGUUGACAAACCAACAAAUUAUUUGGUCACAAAUUCCUCAACAGUUAUUGAAAAUAAAGAAAAUAUCCCAAUCACAGAAGCUUCAAUUAUUGAUUCAACCUCACCCUUUUCAAAAGACUCAUCACUUUUCAAGGAUCUCUUCGAUAGCAACGAUGAUUAUUCUAUGGAACUUACAAAUCUCUCCAAUAAUUUUAUGACUAGUGAAAUAUUAACGCCUUCUGCUAAGUUAUCUCCAAACAAUAAUACAAAUAUAAUCACUUCCACAGUAGCACAUUCUCUGCAGGCGUCACUUUCCGAGUCUCAAGAAAAUAAAUCAUAUUCACCCAGUACUCAGUAUUUUUCUGUUCAGAAUGCAAGCGAUGUCUCAAAUCUGAAAACUUCGAUCUCUUCAGUUACGGAAAUUAACCCAGAUGGACAGAUAACCGACUCACUGCUUGAAUCAUCCUAUGGGUUGUCCAAUAAAACUGAUUUAACAAGUCAUUCCGUUGUUUCUAGUACUGACGAACAAAAUAUGAAUUGUCAAAGUGUUGAUGUAACCAUCAACGCAACAUCGCCGACCCUUCAUAAGGAUCCAUCUAUUGUUAAUUGUGUACGGGACUCAGUUGUUCAUUUCGUUCAAGGAAUAAAGAGGAAAUUUUCACCGAAGGGAACAUGGGUUAAACCACUAAUGGGUCGUAUUCUGAAGCCGAUUUCUGGGAAUGAACUACAGCCUGAUGCUAAGCGUCCACGAAAAUUCGCUUCAGCCCAUUCUCCCACUGCUUUGACAUCUGCAAUAACUGUUUCAUCCCCUAAUAUAUCGAGUAUAUCGUUGACAGAUACUAAUAGUUCACUUGGAAAUCUGGGAUUUUCUUCAUACACACUUAAUAGAUCAAAAUCUUAUCCUUGUAAUCCUGUAAAUACUCCCAGUUCCCUGCCGAUAGUUCGUUUUACAGAACGACAGCGUAAUCCACUGCAUGAAGUAGUUUCCUCCAGUAACAGUAGCAAUUUAAAAUCAACCUAUUCCACUGAAUCUCCGUCAUGCUCUGUAACUAAUAGUAUAAGCAAACAAAAACCACUGAGUAACUGUGAACAAAGGAUUCUUAAAAGUUACAUUGAUUCAAUUAAUGAAAUUCGUCGAAUUCCAGUGAACGAAGACAAUUUUUCAGAAUUAAGGAAAUGUUUUAACUUGUAAAAAAAAUUAAUUUCUUUUAUAUCCUACUUGAUAUUCUGUAUAUUUCCUAUUUAUUAUCUCUUCUUUUAAAAAGACUAUUUUUCUACCAGACAUAAAUAUAAAUGAUAACAGUAAUGAUUACUAAAGUAAUUAUCAUUGCUCAGGAGUUUACUUAUAGUCUUUUAUAUUACAAAACUAGUAUAUGUAUAUAUUGGGGAAUGGUGGUAGUGUUCAGACUAUCUUUUGUAUCUUCUCGUUGUUUUCAUGGUAAUACAUGGAAUCCUCAACACAUAUGGUCACAGAUUUAUCAGUGUUAGUUAUCCGGUGGUGAUUGAGUUCAACUAGUUACAAUGUUAGUGCGAACGUGGAAGCUAUUUUUCAGGUCAAAAAGCAUAAAUUACAUCAAUUCGGUUGUUGAAUUAAACUCAGGACUACCAGAGUAGGAUCAUGUGAAUAAAUCAUUUUUUCAAAUACAGCAGUAUGGUUUGAAUUUUCGAAUGAGUAAGGCGUAAACAAGUGUAGAUAUUGAUCGCUUACCCUUUUUAUAUAACACUACAAGACUGAAUUCUAUGACCUGUUUCAACCCGAUAGUUUGUAGUGGCGAUUUGUAAGUAUUAGUCGUCGAUUAUUUUUAGAAUAUUGGAAUUUAUUCGCUCUUACUGUUGUUCUUGUACAAAUUUAGCCACCUUUACUCCUUCCUGAUCUCAAUCUAUUCAUGUAACAAUGAGUGUGAUGCGAAUAAUUGUAUACUGUUUAAGACCUUGUUGAAACAUGGAUUUUGUUUUGUCAAUAUUAGUGGGAAUCUAGUUGGUAUGACAUGAAACUAUUUAUGGGAAAAAUUUCUUUCACUGUAUGAAAAUAAAGUAUUUUAUGAGUA